AUGUCAUCAUUCGCUGCAUUGCGGGACAAACGACAAGCCCGACAAGGGCCGUCAUUUGCAUCAGUAUAUUCUGGUUCUGUAUCUCCCUCGACCGAUGUGAAAGGAUCUGUGCCUGCCGAGCUCUCCGACUCAGACGCGACACCACGGUCUGUUCCUGCAAUGGAAGAAACGAAGUCUUACACGUACGAAACGGGUGUUUAUGAUGAACUGCCCGAUUUUCUUGAAGUACGGGAGAGCAAGAAGAAGGGAAGAGGUAUAUAUGUCAAGCAAGGCAUGACCGUUAAGGCUGGAGAGGAUUGUUCGCUGCCUGGGGAGGCUGUGAGAGCACUGGGAAGAUUGGUAUGGGCACGCAAACGGUUAGGAGAAGGGAGCGCGUCGUGGAAAGAAGUGGAGUUGAUGCAGUCAGACAUCGAGCGCCUGAACCCUCAACAACACGAACCACUCUCACUACUCGGUUUCGCCUUAGUUCGAUAUCUGGACAUCUCUCCGCAAGAUACACCCCCAGCAGAGACGGCUCGUAAGCUUAAAGAGCUAGGGUUUUCGUCAAUACGGGAUUUAACCAAUUUGCUGUCUCGAUUCCAAACUAACUCUUUCUCCCUCACUACUCCAGAUUUGACAAACGUCGGAGUCGCUAUCUCUCCGUUGGCCGCUCUGAUAUCGCAUUCAUGUAUGCCUAAUGCUGUGGUAGUAUUUCCAACAGGUCUGGGCAGACGUGGCGGGCUAGAAGUGAUUGCACUACGGGAUCUGCAACCAGGAGAAGAGGUUCUGACUUCGUAUGUGGAUAUUGCCUUGCCAAGGUCACUACGAUGGAAAGAACUGAAGGACCGCUAUUUGUUCGAUUGCGAAUGCGUUCUCUGUGAAAAACAUCAUGAUCACGAAUGGAUUGACCCUCGAGAAGCUUUGAGAUGUAGCAAGAAGGGAUGUAAAGGGAAAAUGGGAACACCAACAUCUUUGGGCACCACGGAGAUCACAUGUUCUAUAUGCGGCACAAAGCUUUCUGUCAGCACUGCAUCACUCCAAGAGCAUGUUAAACUUGCCGAAGAUGUACUCCACAAAGCAGAGGCUAUACAGUUCUCGGACUCAGACAAAGCCCGAUAUCUCCUCGUUUCCAUUCUUCGGGAUUUCGACCCCUUCGCUCUGUCCGCAUAUCCGCUUCUUCAAAUCUUACAGCUCCUUCAGCAAUUACUCAUCACCGCUGUAUUUGAUCUGCCGUCGACUGGAACAGAACGCGAUGGGCUAUUGCAGGACGCCGCAUCAUGCUCGGCUUUAGUGCUUAGUGGAAUGGAAGACGUCUACCCGUAUGGACACCCUAGCAAAGGGAUUCAAUAUGUAACAAGUGCGAAGCUUCUUAUGGCCGAGAUGUCCGCUCCGAUGACCAUGUUACAAAGCACAACCUUCCCAGCCGACCUUGCUUUGACGCUUCCAACAGGGAUCAACAGAUUGUCUAUGUCACUAGAACUUCUGGCGAAGGCAACCGAGGAGCUUCCUUUCGGCUUUGGGAAAGGUGGAGGCAUUGUGGGGAAGGAUGUGAUCUUGCUGGCGACAGGGCUGGAGCGAGAGAUAAGCAUGUGGGGAGGUCUUGGCAAGCGAAGAUAA